AUGACCUACUCUCCAGAAUCUUUCAAGUCUCUACUGGGAAAGCUCGUGAAGACACCAGCAUCUUUUACUGCAGACGAUCUCAAGUCAGCUCUCAAUCAUGUUUUUACGCCAGACGCCGUUCUACCAACUCAGAUAGGCUCUUUCUUGACUGCGCUACACGUUCACCGGAUCGAGACGCAACCAGAAGCACUUGCAGCAGCAGCUGAUGUUAUGCACGAGCGCGCUCUUAAAGCAUCUGUCGAAAGCAGCGAUCGAGACUUCAUAGUCGAUAUUGUAGGAACUGGUGGAGAUGGCCACGACACCUUCAACGUCAGCACCACGGCGGGAGUUGUAGCAGCAGGCGCUGGUGCACGAGUCGUCAAGCUGAUCUGUUGCAAUCUCUUGGGAUGUAUCUUCGUUCCCCCAACAGCGGGAACGCCAAUGCCUAUCGCCCGAAUCCCAUUUACUUUCAUUCUCGCGCCGCACUACCACCCUGCGCUCGCGAUUCUUGCACCGCACCGAAAACUCUUACCGUUCCGUACCCUUUUCAAUGUCAUGGGACCACUCAUCAAUCCUGCGCGGCCGAAAGGAAUGGUACUUGGGGUCGCAGACCCCGAACUAGGCCCCAUCUUUGCUCAAUCGCUGAGAGAGGGCGGCGUUCAGCGCGCGCUGGUUGUAUGUGGCGCCGAGGGUCUUGAUGAAAUCAGCUGUGCGGGCGAUACGUGGGCUUGGGAGCUCAAAGACGGGAACAUCACCCAAACCAAACUGCAUCCGGAACAGUUUGGAUUGAGCGUACACCCGCUCGAGGCUGUCCGUGGUGGCACGCCAGCUGACAAUGCGGCAACAUUCAAGACGCUCCUAACAUCUGGUGAUCAGAUCCCAGAGAGUUUAACUCCUGUACUGCACUUUGUUCUGCUAAAUGCGGCAGCGUUGUUAGUUGUCGAGGGGUCAGCUCGUGACUUCAAGGAAGGUGUGCGGCUAGCGAUGGAUAGUGUGAUGUCUGGUAAGGCGUGGAGCGCCCUGGAGGCAUUCCGCGACGCUGGCAUAGAAGCAUCUUCGAAGUAA